AUGCCGGUACUGGAGGUGAUCUUUAGCGUGAUUGGCUGGCUCUGCCUCUACAAGCUGUUUGGCUGCAUCUUCAGUAAACGAGGGCCCGAGUGGAACUGCCGGCUGGUCACAUUUUCCCACGGUGUCAUCAUAGUGCUGCUGACGGGAUAUGUCACCUUCAUAGAUGGACCCUGGCCUCUGACACAUGCAGGUACAGACAACACUGAGCUCCAGACCUUCGCCCUCGCUGUCUGCCUCGGCUAUUUCCUCUUUGAUUUGGGCUGGUGCGUAUGCUACCGCACAGAGGGCCCUGUCAUGAUGGCACAUCACGCUGCGAGCAUCAUGGGAAUCCUGCUGGCUCUGUCUAUGGGAGUGUCAGGCUGUGAAACCUGCGGAGUCAUCUUCGGCAGUGAGCUCACCAAUCCCCUGCUGCAGACCCGCUGGUUCCUCCGCCAGGUGGGCCUGUACGACAGCCUGCUGGGGGAUGCUGUGGACCUGCUUUUUAUUUUCUUGUUUGCCACUGUUCGUGUGGGAGUCGGCACAGCAAUGUUUUACUGUGAGAUCACCUCUCCCAGGACCACACUGAUCAUGAAGAUCGGCGGCGUGGUUAUGUAUGUACUAGCCUGGGUAUUCAUGGUGGACAUAGCCAGAUUUGGAUACAAGAAAAGUAGGGGCAAGUAUAAAAAGUGGCAAGAGAACCAGAAACUCAAAAAAGAAAAAAAACUGGAUGGACUUUCAGAUGGGAACAAAGAAGGAAUUAAUCAUGAAGAUAGUUAA